AUGGUUAAUACUCAACAUGUGGAAGAGACAAGGUCUAAGAGGAAGAGUAGAGAUGCCAAGAGGGCAAGAUCAUUUGAUGGUAGUUCUUCAAAAGAAAGGCUUGAGAUUCAAGACAAGCCUAGAUUCAAAAAGAGGGUUUCUAAUCAAGUUCCUUCCAAAUUCCCUAAGGCUAUAAAUGAUAGGGUAUCUAACCCUAAGUCUAAGGGAAGGUAUGUUAGUUCACUAACCAAGAAGCCAACUUUUGGGAAGUGUGUGAAGAACUAUGGUGAUUAUCUUAAGGGAACGGAUAAUUCUGUUGGUUGUGGUAAAAAUGGGUACAAUGUUAGGGAUUGCCCUAAUGUAAGGGGUCAAGACAAGGGUAGUGUUCAAGCUCAAGCAAGUGGUCUAAAUGAGGAUCCGAAGAAGAACCACUUCUAUUAUCUCCGCUCUAGGGGUGAGCUAGAGACGUAUCCCGACAUGGUGACGAGUAUGUUGGAAGUCUUAUUUAUUGAUGUAUAUGCCUUACUUCAUCCCAGUGCUACCUUAUAA